AGUGCGAGAGGAUGUCCAAUCAUCUUCAGAUGUCGAAUUUGCGUCGUGAAGUACUACGGUAUAGUCCUAUUGUACCUUCAGGCCAAAGUGAUGUGGGGCACGCAGCUGCCGUCGCCGGGCCUGACCCACUUCAGGUCUCCAGCUGCCGCCUGACUAAUGACGUCGAUUGGCUCGAGAUGGAGUCUAGUCCCUUUUAGGACUCUUCACUGGAACUGCUUGCUCUCACGGCGGGCAAUCCUCCUCACCACAUAACUCAUCAAUAGCUAGCUUCCUUGAUGUAAGUUCUUUGGGUUCAAAGCCCAUAUAACCAGAAUGCCGCUACACCUGCUGGGCAAGAAAUCCUGGAACGUCUACAAUGCGGACAACAUCGCCCGUGUCCGUCGCGAUGAGGCUGCCGCAAAGGCCAAGGAGGAGGCCGAGGAGCAGCGCAUGCAAGAGGUUGAUGCCGAGCGUCGACUAGCUAUUCUACGGGGCGAGGAGCCACCACCACUGCUGCCAACUGAGGAAACCCCUGACGAUGAGCCAAGACGCCGGGUCCGAGAUGCCGGUUCAUACGGCAGGGAGAGGAAGAAGCGCAAGCGCGCUGGCGAGGACGACACUGACUUCGAGUUACGUGUCGCAAGAGAGCGUUCAGGCGUCGUGCAAACAGCCAACGAGACCUUGCGCAAGGCAACCAGUUCUGCGCCGAUCGUAGAUGCAGCUGGGCACAUUGACCUCUUUGGCGAAGAACGAAAACAAGGGCGUCACCUCAAGAAUGAAGAGGCGGAGAAGGAGGCUGCAAAAAAGAAAAAGGAAAUCGAGGACCAGUACACAAUGCGAUUAUCAAAUGCCGCCGGCAAGGACGGCAUGGUUGGCCCUUGGUACGCAGCAUCUGGAUCAAGAGCUGAACUAGCAGAGCUCGAGCCCGCCGGCAAAGACGCAUUCGGCAACGAAGACCCAGGGAGGAAGAAAAGAGACGAACAGAGGAUAGUUGCAAACGAUCCUCUUGCAAUGAUGAAGAUGGGAGCAUCGAGAGUAAGAGAGGUGAAGAAGGAGCGCCAAAGAUUUGAAGCCGAGCGACAGAGAGAGCUGGAGCAGCUGCGCAAGGAGGAGAGACGCAAGGAGAGACACGAGCGGGGGAAACGAGAGCAACGGAGGGAUGGAGAACGCCACCCUCGAGAUAGGUCUCGUGAAAAGGAUGAUGGUGAAGCCAGAACCCGUUCGAGAAGGGACAGUGAACGCCAACCUCGGUCCAGUCGAGACGAGGAGCGUCCCCGGAGCAGGGACCGUCAUCAUGAAAAGAGAAGCCACAGACAUGAAAGAAGGGAUGAAAGCGAUAGGCGAUCCAGAAGAGAUGAAAAGAGCCGCCACGACAGAAGAGGUGAGACGGAGCAGGAACGAAGUAAACGAGAUUCUGAUUCACGACAACGAAAUGACCACCGGCGGCCUGGAGAACUUCGAAAAUCAAGCGAGUUUUAGUUACAGCAGUGAGGAUGGUAUAUCUAUCUACGAGAGAAGGGCAGAAAAUAGCUGUUCAUG